GUGUGCGUGAGUGUGUGUAUGUGUCUAUUAGUCAAACUUAGUUUCAUCGUUUUUGGCACAUUUAGUUGAGAAAUUUUAAAUUUGAUUUUCAGUCUUAUUCAAAUCGGGCAUAUUUUAAAUUGAUGUAGUAAUUUUCGGACAUGCCAAACAUUAGCUAAAUUUGCUGGCCGAGCACACCUGCGACAAAAACAUUGGGCAAUAAAUUUAAGACCGAAAGUGACGCCAAAUCCAAACGCCAAGUGUAAGUGAAGGCUUUCGCUUUGUGCUAGCAACAACGACAACAUCAAAAUCGAGAAUAAUCAUUGCAAUAACAACAACAAAUCAGCUGUCAAACCGCUUCAAGAUGGCCAUACCGCCCCCACCGGGUCCACCGCCACCGCCAGGACCGCCACCGCCACCGGCAAUUGGCGGACUUAAGCUGGGUGGCGGUGGAGGAGGAGGAGGAGCGGAUCCACGUUCAGCUCUACUCAACUCCAUACAAAAGGGCACCAAGCUGCGCAAGACGGCGACUGUGGACAAGAGUGGUCCAGCUCUGUCGGGACGUGUCUGUGAUGGCGAUGCUGGAGCAGCACCGAAGCGAACGCUCAACAACAACACCAGCAGCAGCAACAACAACUUGGGAAAUGGAGCACCCAAAUUGGGUGGCCUUUUCGAAGGCCUGUCACAGAUGCCAAAGCUGAAGCCAGUGAAUGGCGUUCGUGCAACACCAGCGCCAGCACCCGCAGCAGCAGCAGCAUCGCCAGCAACACGCAGCAACAGCCCCCCCACAGCCCAUGCUGGCAACAAUGGACCCAUGGACUUUAAUACGGAGCUCACCAAGCAUUUAACAUUGAAGCGUCAAAAGCAACAGCAGCAACAACAGCCACAGUCAAGCAACAGCAACAGCAACAUCAGCAGCAACAGCAGCAGCACACAUAUCAAUGCAACCGAAGCAAAUCUGAGAACAAAUCGCGGACCACCACCGCAGCCGCCAAAGAACUCCAGCGAUUCCAUAUUGGAUCGCAUGAACAUACCUCGCACGGCUGCAACGCCCACAGCGACAUCGUCAGCCUCGCCGUCAGCGAAUGCCAUUGGCAAUGGCAAGGUAAAAGCAGCAUCGCCCACGCUCUCGGAGAGCGGCAGCAGCAGCGGCGGCAGCGUGAAGAGUAAAGCGGCUAAUCUUAGUAUCUCGUUAGGCAAUAGUUUUGUAAAUAGUUCCAUUACAAAAACAACAACAACAAGCGCAACAACAACCGCCGCCGCAACAAACUCAAAUCGAACAACAACAACAACAACAACAGCAACGGGAACUGGCCUGCGCAAUUUGGCGCCGAAUAAGUCAACGCUGUUUGGUGGUGGCAGUGGCAGUGGUGGUGGUGCUAGUGCUGGCAGUGGUGUUGGUGGUGCUGGUGGUAGUAAUAUUUCGCCCACGUCCACGCCCACACCACCCACACACCUGGCACAGCAACAGAAGCCGGCCAUCGGCUUUGGCAAGCCAAAUUUUGCUCCAAAGCCGCCGGGGCUGCAGCAACUGGCGUUCGCCAAUGGCCACCAGCGUCCAGUGGUGGCGCGACACCACAGCAUGAAGUCACCCAGAUCACCGCCGGCUGCUGGAGGCGUCAAUGGACCUAUUUUCUCAACGCAACAGCAUUUUGGCACAAUGCGCGCUCCGCUUCAGCAGACGCUGCUUUUGCAGUCCAGCGAGGGCAUCAGUGGAAGCACCAAUAGUAUCAUAGGCAGCGUGCGAGCUGCCCCCAAUCCGCCAAAGACACGUCCCUCGGUGAAGCCACCGCCGCCACCGACACCAUCGCGUAGCAUUUCGAACAGCAAUUUGAGCAACAUUGCAGCUCCGUUCAGUGCUGUGAACACGGCGCUGGUGCAGAGUGCGGCCAUCAGCACGCCAGCGCCAUCACCGCCACCGCUGCAGCAGCCGCCUUCCAGUUCCAGCAGCUCCAGCAGCGUGGCCGCUCUGCGCGACCAGUUUCGCGUCAAUGGCAGUGGAACGCCGCCAACACCGCCCAGCGGCGGCAUCACAGCCAGUCCAAAGUCAUCGACAAUGCGCGAGAAGGUCAAUCCCAUCAUUCUUAAUGGUGGCCCCAUCAACCCCCCCGCACUGCCACCUCAUCGCAGUUGCCCGCCGCCCCCGCCACCCAUGCGACAGUCCAGCAACGGUGGAGCACAGCAGCAGCAGCAGGCACCAGUGCCGCCUCAACGCCAUUCAUCUAUACGAGCCAAUGCCCCGCUAACGCCGCCCACGCACAUGGCCAAUGCGACGCACAAUUUUGGCAGCAACGGCGGCCUGGCAACAGGACCUGGAGCUGGAACUGGAACUGGAGCAGGAGCGGGUGCAUCAGUUGGUCGACUCGUCAUCGAUUUGGAGGCAAAGUUUGGCAAACGAUUUCAUAAUGUUACCGAGUUCCCGAAACCGCCUCCGUUUCUAAAUAUACAAAAAAUCUAUCCUAGUCGCACGCUUAAGGCAACCAAUGAAGCCGCUUUGGCGCCCAACAGCAAUAACAACAAUAAUAAUAACAUCAACAACAACAGUACCGCGGCAUGUAACAACAAUGCAAAACCGCCAACGGGAUUGAAGCCCGCCUAUGCGCCGCUCAAAAAACAUCGCGCUCCCGCUCCACCUCCACAGGCAGGCGUGGCCGCCGCUACAGUGUCAGUGAUAAGACAAUCCAGCUUUCUAUAUGGCGGCAAUAGCGCAGCAGGCGGGGGCGGCGGCGCUGCAACUGCUGUCAGUGUGCGGCCAAAGUCACAGCCAGCGUCAAGUGUGCCGCGCAAUUCGACGGUCUACUAACUGUAAAGAUAACUGUAAAUUUCUAUCCCCGUUUAAGCUUUGUAUAUAUGUAUACAUAUUUGUGUGUGUGUGUAAGUGUGCAAGUCCUUGCUGUUGUUAUUGUAUCGAGAUUGCAUAUUUGUGAGUGCAAUUGUGUGUCUGUGCAAACGCAAAUGUUGCAAAUGUCCCUGUAAAGUGUAUAAAAUAGAAACAGAACAAUAAUGACAUAAAACAAAUGCAGAUGCACAAAAAUGGUUUUUGUAUGUAUGAAACAGACACAUGCAUGUGUAUGUACAUAUUGUGUGUGUGAGCCCAAUGUGGUGGAAAGUGCUGGUUUGAAAUGGUAACGGCUGAUUUAAAAAAUUGUACUAAAAAAUGUCACACUUUAAAAUGUUCAAUUGAAUCAGUGUUUCUUCAAUUAGGAACCA